GUUAAGUCAUUGUGCACUACACACCCUUUUCCGCCCGGCGCGUUUGGACGUUGAACUCUGUUUGUUUAUCACCUUCUGUCACACUCACACGCGCGCGCUUACACACACAGUGGCAGGGCACCAUGGGGCGCUCGCGCGAGCACUUGUUUCCGUUUCUGUCUGCACUUGUGGGUGAAAUGGUUCCACGCAAAACCCGCUGUAGAACCGUUCAGCAUUACUGACUAUCUCACACUCGGAGUUCGGCGAAAGAGCGGUUUGGGUCGGAGUUGUGUAACGUGAGAGCAGGAAACGACACCAGACGAGAUGUUUACCCUGACUGAAGUGGCCUCGCUUAAUGACAUCCAGCCCACAUAUCGGAUACUGAAGCCAUGGUGGGACGUCUUCAUGGAUUACCUCGGUUUCGUCAUGUUGAUGUUAGCCAUCUUUGCCGGGACGAUGCAGAUAACCAAAGAUCAAGUGGCAUGUCUUCCCAUUCUAGAGGAGGCUAAUAAGACAUCAAACACAAACGCGUACAUGUCAUCUAGCCCAGUGGAGGCCACCACGUCACCUUUUGGAACUGUCCCCGUAGCCACUCGGGAUCUUCCGGACAGCAUGGUGCAUAAAAUUAGCCUCCAUGCUGAGCCUCAACCCAAAGGACGCAAAACGAACUUGGACUAUCAGCAGUACAUUUUUGUCAACCAGAUAUGUUACCAUGUUGCCUUGCCCUGGUACUCAAAGUACUUUCCUUACCUAGUCCUGAUACACACCAUCGUGUUGAUGGUAAGCAGCAAUUUUUGGUUCAAAUACCCAAAGACCAGCUCAAAGAUCGAGCACUUUGUGUCCAUCCUCGGCAGGUGCUUUGAAUCACCCUGGACCACGAAGGCGUUGUCCGAAACUGCAUACGAAGACUCCGAAGGAAACAAGCAGAGAUUCAUUGCCGAUCAGUCCGGUCCUAAGCACCUAUCCUCAGAUAGCCAAGAUGAGCGUGCCGAUUCAACCCAGCCUAUAUUAGGAAACAACAGCGUGAAGUUCUCAGCUGAGAAGAUCAUUCCUGAAGGUCCAAGUAUGACGAUUUUGGACAAAAAAGAUGGCGAGCAAGCCAAGGCACUGUUCGAGAAGGUUCGGACCUUCCGAGCUCAUGUCGAGGACAGCGACUUCAUCUACAAACUCUAUGUGGCACAGACGAUCAUCAAAGCGCUCAAGUUAAUCGUUAUCCUGGGUUACACGUCAACUUUUGCUGCAGACAUCAGUUUUUCUCAUAUAUGUGAACCCAAAAUCGAGCACUUAACCGGGUAUGAUCGAUUCUUCUGCACCCACAAUAUGGCCUUCAUGCUGAAGAAGCUCCUAUUUACAUUCAUGGCGAUAAUCGGCCUUUAUUGCCUCGUGUGCCUGUAUGCACUUUUCUGGCUUUUUCGAGGUCCACUCAAGGAAUACUCAUUUGAAAAAGUCAGAGAGGAAAGCAGCUUCAGCGAUAUCCCUGAUGUCAAAAACGACUUUGCAUUCCUCCUCCAUAUGGUCGACCAGUACGACCAGUUACACUCCAAGCGAUUUGGGAUUUUCCUUUCAGAGGUCAGUGAGAACAAGCUUCGAGAAAUUAGUCUUAAUCACGAAUGGACGCUAGAGAAACUGCGUCAGCAUGUAACCAGCAACGCCCAAGACAAGCAGGAGCUGCACUUGUUCAUGCUCUCGGGACUGCCCAAUGCUGUAUUCGAUCUCGCUGAGCUUGAAGUUCUUAAGCUAGAACUCAUCCCUGAGGUCAGGAUUUCAGCCAAGGUUUCCCAGAUGACCAAUUUACAGGAACUUCAUCUGUAUAACUGUCCUGCCAAGGUGGAGCAAAGAGCUUUCAUUUUCCUCCGAGAUCACCUACGGUGCCUUCAUGUGAAGUUUACCGAUGUCUCAGAAAUCCCUCCAUGGGUUUAUCUGUUGAGGAGCCUUCGGGAACUGUACCUGAUUGGUAGCUUAAACUCGGAACACAACAAAAUGAUUGGUUUGGAAUCCCUGAAAGACUUAAGGCACCUAAAGGUAUUAUAUCUCAAAAGCAACCUCAGCAAAACGCCCACCAACCUCACAGAUCUCUCUCCACACCUCAUCAAGCUGGUUGUGCACAACGACGGGACUAAAUUGCUAGUACUGAACAGUCUUAAGAAGAUGACGAGCUUGCGUGAGUUGGAGCUCCAUCACUGUGACCUGGAGAGGAUCCCUGAAGCUAUUUUCAACUUGACAAACCUGCAAGACUUGGAUAUGAAAUCCAACAACUUCCGGACCAUCGAGGAGGUCAUCCGCUUUCAGCACCUGAAGAGACUGACGUGCCUCAAGUUGUGGCACAACAAGAUCGUAUCCAUUCCAUCAAACAUAAAUUUGAUGAAGAACCUCGAGUCACUCUACCUCUCCUACAACAAACUGGAGACUCUACCAGCUGCUCUGUUUCACAUGCCAAAGCUCCGGUACCUGGAUCUCGGAAAUAACUCCAUUGCGUUGAUUCCAGACGACGUGGAAUUUCUCCAUAACCUACAGCACUUUGAUAUCACAGGGAAUAAGGUAGAGGUUCUUCCCGAACAGCUGUUCAGAUGCACCAAACUGAAAGUCCUCUGCAUGGGUAACAACAGCAUCACCAUCCUUUCUGAAUCCAUCGGACAGUUAACGGAACUAGUUCAACUCGACGUGAAAGGGAACUGCUUGGCUCAACUUCCAAACAAUCUUAGUCAAUGUCGACAGCUUCAUAAAAGCUUAUUCAUAGUGGAGGAUCACCUUUUUGACACACUUCCACUUGAGGUAAAAGAGAGUAUGACAGUGGUGCCAACAUUUACAGUUUAGCUGUAGGAUUUAUGAAUUUUGAGCCCUUGCGACUGUGAUAAGGGAGACAUCUGAAAACUACGCUUUUCUGUUGUUGUUUUUUUUCAGUUAAAGCAGCGUUUAGAUAGAACGGGUAUAAAAUUCACCAGGCAGAAAAGCUAAUUCAUUGAAGUGGAAAGGGCACAGGAUGUAAAAGGCACGUUUGCUUCUGUUUACUAUUUCUUCAUGCUGACUUUAGCUAGAACCUCAAUUUUGUGAGCCAAUAGAAAGUAAGUGGAUGGGACUGUGGUUUUAUUUGUUUGUUAAAAAAAUGGUGGUUUGGCACGUCUGUGAAAUUGGAAAAAAAUAGCCAUCUCAUCCCCCCACCAUGUGCCAGGGUUUGUUUUCUCUACCUUCUAGGAUUUUUUUUUAGCUAGCAAAGUUGGCAUCUAUGAUACGAGUACAGAUAAUAACAUGUCCUUCAUCAGAGUAUAACUGGUAAACUCUUGGAUCUUCAGCCAGAGAGGAUGCUAGUCAUUAUAUUCUGACUCUACACUAUACACCCAAGAUACUGAAGGAAAAUCUCAAUGUUGAUGAUAAAUGAGAUCCAAAUCCCACAUUUUGUAUGGAUUUUGUACUUUUGUACCUGGAGGAAAUGUGCUGAUGUUUAAUUUUUUUUUUUUUAUAUCAAUCCAUACUUUCCAACCCCCCCCUCCCAAGCUUGUUUACCUGCCAAUGCCCAGGUGCUUUCUUAGUUCCUAGAUGCGUACCACACUCAGAGGAAAGCGCUAUUCACCCUCUUCUGCAUACUUGAGCUCACAGGCACCCAGGAUUGGCUAGUAUCACUGUGAUUGACAGGGUAGAGAGAGUAUGCCCCUCCCUCCCAGAGAGCACAGCCGAUUUUGCUCCCUUGACUCUCCGCUGUGGAUGGCUGUGGCAUUGUUGGGAUUUGAACUUCCGACAAUCGGACAGACCAAUUUUCUGUUACGCCACAUGGGAGAGUCCAUCGGGCGACAUUUUAACUGCUACAUGCUGUUUCUGUGAUAUCUAUUAAUAUAUGGCGGUUUCCUCUGAGUAUGUGACUCAGAGACUAUAAUUUAUAAUAAUAAUGUGUUGCAUUUCACGAUAAGUUGUCUAAGCAAAUAUCAGCAACAUGCCUGUCACUAAGGCCAGUAUGCUUGCUGCACACUGAGGAAUUGAAUCUGAAGAACUUGAAGAACUCAUGAUGGUCAGUGCUUCAGAAUGUAUUCCAUUAAUGAUUUCAAAUGUGUGUCAUAAAACAGUAUCACACCGUUGUUUAUUUCUUACUAAGAAACAUGAACAUGAAUGAACAGGUUCUCAUCACGGCAUCCAUGGAAAACUUUUCCCGAGAGCUGGAAUAAUAAUAAUAAUAAUAAUAAUAAUAAUAAUAAUAAUAAUAAUGGUCCACUUUGGACUUUUUUGCUACUACGUAUUAUAAGUUAUUUUAUAUAAUUGCUUUUGUAAGACUAAGAGAGCUUAGUUUUGUGGCAAUGACUGAAGCAAGUAUCUGAAGAUUUUGGUUUGUAUUUAUGCGAAAGAUGUUUGUGUGCUUGUUAGCUACGUUAACCUAAAGCAGCAAACAAUAGUUGUUAAAUAUAUGUACAAUUGACAUAAAGAAGAGAAUUGUGCAUAUUUUUUUUUUUGUGCUAAAAUGCUGCUUUGAACUGUUUUGGUUUACUGGAAAUGUUAAACAUGCCAUGUACUGACCAUCCAGGUUAUCUAUGAUGCUUUGUGAAUUAAAUUCUGGGUGCAGUGUG